AUGGCUCCCAACUACGCGAAGAAAUGCCCAGUCAUGGGCAAAGCACCCUCGUCCGGCCAUUCUAGCACCGGCCCUCAAGAUGUCCAUACCUUGGAAGUAUUGUCCAAUUUCAACCGCGAAAAGAUCCCUGAGCGGGUGGUUCAUGCUCUUGGAGCUGGGGCGUACGGGGAGUUCGAGGUGACCCACGACAUCUCCGACAUUUGUAAUAUCGACAUGCUCCUCGGUGUCGGCAAAAAGACGUCCUUGGUAACACGCUUUUCAACCACUGGUUUGGAGCGUGGCUCCUCCGAGGGGGUUCAGGACCUGAAGGGCAUGGCGACCAAGUUGUUUACCAGCGAUGGGGAGUGGGACUGGGUCUUCCUCAAUUUUCCCUUCUUUUUCAUCCGCGAUCCUAUCAAGUUCCCCGACAUGAUACACUCGCAACGAAGAGACCCCCAGACCAACCGCCUCAACCCGAACAAUUUCUGGGAAUUCGUGACCGAGAACCAUGAAUCAAUUCAUAUGGUGUUGCUGCAAUACAGUGAUUUUGGACGUAUGUUCACUUGGCGCACCCUGAGCAGCUACUCAGGACACGCCUUCAAAUGGGUUAUGCCCGAUGGCUCAUUCAAAUACGUUCAUUUCUUCCUGUCUUCGGAUCGCGGACCCAACUUCAAGGAUGGUGCUGGCACCAUCAUGGAUUCCAGCGAGCCCGACUUUGCGUCCAGGGAUCUCUUUGAGGCCAUCGAGCGAGGUGAUUAUCCAUCUUGGACGGCGAAUGUUCAGGUUAUUGAUCCCAAGGACGCGCCUCAUCUUGGCUUCAAUAUUCUUGACGUCACCAAACACUGGAACUUGGGAACAUACCCCCAGGGUGUCGAGAAAAUCCCUUCUCGGCCUUUUGGCAAGCUCACCUUGAAUCGCAACGUGAAAGACUACUUCAGUGAGGUUGAGCAGCUAGCGUUCUCACCUUCUAAUCUUGUUUCUGGUAUAGAGGCCUCCGAGGAUCCGAUCCUACAGGCCCGCCUCUUCGCAUACCCUGACGCACAGCGAUACCGCCUGGGGAGGACAUUGUCGAAGCAGGCAUCUCCCCGGACCUCAUCAACCGCUGAGCAUCAAGCCAGCCUCGGGCAAGACUUCGCUGGGUGGGUUGCGCAGGUCUCGUCGGAUGCAUGGUCUCAACCUCAUGAGGAUGACUACAAAUUCGCUCGGGAGUAUUAUGAAAUACUUCCCGAGUUCCGGAGUCAGGACUUCCAGGACCGAAUGGUGGAGAGAAUUAUCGAAUCAGUCUCGCAGACUCGCCAGGAUAUCCGAAACAAGGUGUAUCGCACUUUCGCUCUGGUUUCAUCCGAAUUGGCCACGCGGGUGCAAGAGGGCGUUGAGGGGGCUGGAAUAGGUCAGGAGAAAAAUGUCCAAGCGAGACUUUGA